GUAUUCGCUUAGUUCCACGAAGAUAAGUAGAUCCAAACAGUAUGUUUUCUCACGACUGUAGGUUCGCAUGACGAUGUAAUGUAAAACUAAACUUGGACAGUAUUGUGAACAACUACGCUUUCUUCUUCACUGCGACAACAAGCAAAAAGAAACGAAUCCUAAAGUUUUUCCCUUGCCGUGAAGAAGCAAGAUGAAUAAGAUUAUUUGGUUAACGUUCCUUGGUUUUCUUGGAGGUUCUUUUGGGCAAAAUGACAUCAUCAUUCCUGUUCUUCAUAUGCCUUUUGUCAAUACCAAAUUGUUUAGGUCUUGGACAACAAUAGAUGAUGCAAAAGAAUUAGCCGAGAAGUUUACAGCCAUUCAUUUGGCGGAAAAAGAACCGAACGAUUAUAACAUAGUCAAAUUAUACGGCAUGACAAUUGCUGCUGUUGGUAACUACAUACAAUCUCACUACAUAAAUACCGGCAGCCCUCCUCCAGCUUCCUCGUUAUCGGAUAUUAACUAUUAUUGGUCUACCAAUAUAUCUAGAGAUGAUAUACACCGUACUUCAUUGGAAGCAAAUGAACUGGUGCAUUACACGUUUGGAGCUGUACAAGAAAUGAUGCUCACGAACAUAAGCCGAAAAAUGUCAAUAGAAUUGUCUAAAGUGGCGGUACGACUUGGCGUACCUACCAGGAACCUAAGUUACGCCUACGAUCCUGCCAAGUGGGACGAAGUUGUACAUGCUAUGGUUGCAGAAGGAAUAGUUAGUUAUGUGAGUCUUCUUGAUSUUGGUUCUGAGGACCGACUGYCAGACCUUGUCAGUCUUACCUUAAUCCAACUCAAAAAUGUCACCAUUGAUGCGUUCCUCASUUUACUGCCUCCAUUUCUACCAAAAAAAGCCUUGCUGGAUAAGAACAAAACAAGCGAGGUACUCACCUUUACGGRAAUAUCUAGUAGCUCUUCUGAAGCACUGAUAUACAAACUGGUGAACCUGACGACCCAAUUAACCGUGGAACAAUUUGGCAUUCUCUAUAAUCUUACUGCAGACCAAAUGAGAGCAACAGAGAGGAGCACUCUAAUGCAGUUAUCUCAGGCGUGUGGAAUAUCGAUGUCUCUUGUCUUACACAAGAACAUACCAAGUAUUGUAUGGGACACACUAGGAAACAUCGCCACAUCUGCUCCAUGUUCGACCAUGUUCAAAGUGAAGGGACAACUGGUUUCCUCUUUUAGCUUGACCAACGUACAACAAAUGACUGUUUUACAGAUUUUGCUUGGUAUUUGUAAUCAAUACUGGAAAUCCUGUCGCCUGACCAUGACCUUGGAGCCUUCUGAAUGGGAAUGUUUUGAUAGCGUAACUCUUACACAGGCUGCUACCAUCCUUUCUACAACUGAUGCGACAUUGCAAGGCAAACCAGUUCAUGAUGUGGUGUUGGGGAUGUCUCAAAAGUGUAAAGAAGGGAGUCACAGUCUUACAGCGUAUCGACAGAAGACAUCCAAUACCCUUCAAACSCUGUUCAACSYGACAGCAAGCCRACUGCAAACUUUGYUAGGAAUAACGCCUCAGACGUACGCAGGAUACACUUCAGCUCAGUUGGUAGAGGCAUACUUAAAUGCAUCUUCAAUGGAUCUUGGGAUUCCCUUAAAUACCAUGUUCAAUACAACAAGUAAAACAUUACAAGAGCUCUACAACUCCCCCACCUCUGAGCUUCAUGAGAUCAUACCUUUUAUAAUUAGAUCAGCUAUCAAAUCGCCAGCCUCUAAGCUGCAAGUGAGUGACAUUGAUACUUUUACACUGUUAGGAUUAUUUCCAGGUAAAAGUACCAUAGCCGAACUGAAGCUUGCCAUUAAAAAUGUUUUAYMAGCAAUUUUGKWGAGYAAAAACRAAUUUGAUAACGAGACACURAGCGUWUAYCUUACAGCUAAUUCCAUUAGYGAUGAGGUGUUUGGAGGAAACAGUACCCUCGCUGYACUCUUGGCAGCAACUGGGUUUGACAMUACAACACUAAAGAUAAUMUACCGCCUAACAGAMGAACAGCUUGMAGUGCUGUCUUUGUUGAACAUUAAASAGUUACRGAGGUAUUGUGRUCUUGRUCUGGCKASRCUCAAACAGCUUACUCCAUAUAAUGUUACUAUUGCUUUAGUUGGRAUUCAAAACGUGGAGGGAACGUGUAAGUCAACUAGGUUUUUCGUUGCAGCAAAGAGCAAAAACGUAUCAGAUCAUGAAGCAACAUGUUCUGCCCUUUCAAGUAAAUCAACCUCUUUGAUGAGAAUAGUUGAACAGUGUUCUGGACUUACUUGGCGCUUUAAUGYAAAGAUGUUUGGAGUAGCCAUGAGUGAUUGGCCACAAAUGGAUACGCUCAACAAGGACAAAAUACCAAGGACGUCAAGCUUGUCGGUUGAUACUGUCCAACACAAUACUCUGGAGAACCUGCUGAAAAAAGCUAAUGYAAUCCAYGCAGAAUUCAAAGUUUUCUAUAAAGGUUUGUUCSGAWCAUAUUCCACUGAAACUCUCAGUGUCCUCUUGACAACAUUUAGCACAAGUAAAGCUGAAGUCACACAGACGUUGAACAUCACAGMAGCUGMGUUUGAUGCCAWGACUCUUCUUUCACAAGUUGAAAAAGUACAAGAAUUUUUAAAGAAGAAGUACACUAUUACCUUCGCCUCGAUUGCWCCCGUACUAGAAGUCAWUCYCARUAAUAUCAAAUACUUAGCACCUACUGAAUGGCAAGAAMUGCUUCUCCCCUUAAARMAWGAGAUCGUUGCCAGUGGAAGYUUACAGCUGAAUGUCACCCRAAACAAUUUUAUAACCCUCCUACAAUUAAGCUCUAAUAUUUCAUCUUCCACACUGGCUCAGCUAGAGGUGGCAUGGGAUCGCGAGUUUGGMAGGUUAYUUAGUGGCAAGAAGUUUWCAGAAAACCAAACCAUUGGYGCUAUACAACAGCUUAGGAAUAUUAGCGAAGAGUCGUUAAAUGGCAUGACRUURCUGACCUUCUAUAAGGAACACUUAAGUCUCACAAAAGACGAAGUAUCUAUCCUCUUUAAAGCAAGUCCACAAGCCCUUGAAGUAUUGAAUGAGUUUUAUUUCCAAGAGAUACCUUGUUCUUGUGGGUUAUCAGAAGCCAGUCUUAAAAGCAAAACUCCAUAUCAACUGUUGACAACAAUGAUUGGUCAMAAUGAUGUGUCAUCUUGUCGUAACAUUGCCUUGCUUGUAGCAUUUASGCUGCUAAACAUCRACCAAGUUACUGCAAAAUUCAAUGUGACACUCAAUGAGACAACGCCUCUACUUACCAACAUCGAAAUGUUCGUURAUUUGCCAUUCGAAAAGAUCGCUUGGGGAUUAAAAGURAAUGGAUCUGAUUGGCCAAUAGUUGCUGCUGUGAGUUUGAACCACUUAGCAAAUGUCACUUCUACCACAGUUCAACAARUGAGAAAUCUCACGAUGGCUGACGUCACUAACAAAAUUGUAUCGAGUAAAGCACAUUUUACCUCACAGCUCAGUGCCCUCCAUAACACAYUAGUUGCACGAGCAUCAAGCAUCUUUGCUUUGUCAGCAUCCGGGACGUGUGGUCAAUGCAAUAUUCCUASYAGUGACAUCUUGAAGACUUUCCUUAGUCAUCUUGGUGGUAUAAYAUAUUUAGACCCUCAAAAUCUMUCAUUUGUAGCUGGGUAUGAAUGUAUAAAGCAUGACAAUAUGCUACUUCUUCCGUCCAAGUGGUYAAUGCUUGUUCCUCACAUCAUACCAAAGUCCUUUGCAAAUAUCUCAACAMUGCUGGGCAUCACGGAGCAACAACUCRCUGACAUCCAUGCACUACCCAAAGGCGAGAUCAUAAACAUGACUUUGAGACAAUACAUCRAUAUUACRAAAAGUCGUAUUCAUCCUUUGUUCAAAUGCAGGGAAARCAUGAAAAAUGACAUUGUGUUAACGAAAGCCCAGUCCAAAGGAGUUAGCGUUUCAUUGAUAGGGAAACAAAACGUUCUUCAGAUUCUCAUGAUGRUGUGYAGUGAYGUGUCCAUCUCCAAYWUGUCUGUAGUCAUGGACUGGGGUCCUGAUAAUAUGACAGUAUUGGGGAAUUAUACCAUGGAAGAUGCUGCUCUCUGUAAACGAAUGCCUGUGAAUAUUGUGAUAUCCCGUACUUUGAUGGCGCUUGUGACUAUGAUAUUGAACGARGUUCAUAAAUGUGUCAUCGUACCAUGUCGAUCAGGAACACUUCUCGACUACCAGACUUAUACGUGCAAAGAUAUCAAUGAAUGCAACUCAACUGCAGCAUCGAUAUGCCAAAAAAAUCAGAUUUGUCAGAACUACUUUGGUGGAUACGAGUGUGACUGUGUCAAACCAGGAACCUCGCUAGAAGACGGAAAACUAUGUGACAGAACGAAGCGCUACCAAAUUAAACUUAGAAUUAUAAACCGUGUUUUCGAUGAAAAUUUGAAGCUGCCUACCUCUCGUGAAUUCUACGAUUUGAAAGAGAACCUACAAAACAACAUWAAUAAAGUAUUUCUGAAGACUCUGAAUUUCAAGAUCCAUUACAAAGGAUGCAGAUUAAUUUCGUUCAGUGCUGGUAGUGUCGUGGCUGAUGUGUCGGUCUAUACAAGUCUUGAGUAUACAGGGACAUUGCAAAAUCUGGAACUUUAUUUUCAGAAUGGCUUAAACGAUAUUAAUGGAAAAUUCUAUCUAAAUGACCUUGAAGUAGAUAAAAAUGCUAUAAAAGCUUUAGACUAUGAUGAAUGUUCCAGCAACGCAAACGACUGUCACCAAGAAGCAACCUGCUCAAACGAGGAAGGAACCUUUUCCUGUACUUGUAAGAGUGGAUAUGAUGGAGAUGGAGUAACUUGCAAUGCUACAUUCCUGGCUACGUAUUGGUGGUUAGUCAUUAUCUUUGCAUUAGUCCUGAUCAUCCUGAUCAUUGUCAUUGUCUUAUUGCUCGUCAAGAGACCGAAACCAUCUUCCAGUUAUGGCGUAGGCGAUGAAGUGGCCGUGAUACACCAUGACGGUAUGACACGGUCAGGAAGUAACGUCAGCUACAAGAAUGGAGACGUGUUCUACAAGGACAAGGACGGAAACGUUAGACCAGGCAACAAGCACGCAGAACACCAGAACCCUUUGUAUGGGAGUCAAAUCCCUGAAAAUGUUUAUGAGAGCAACUGGGCUAGUAAUGUGAUGGCGAUGGACAACCUUGGUGCUGACCGGGUCAAGCCAGAACCACCCAAGAAUACUCCUGAUCAUAUGCUAUGAAAGCUUAUUUACAGCGCCAACGUUAAUAGAUGAACAAAAAGGAUAGCAGGAUAAACUGUUUAUGACAUUAUCAUGGUGAUCAUGAAAACCAGAGAAUCAAUGCUCGAGAUCAGUUUAGAUGCAUCAUAUUCAACCUAAGCACCGCUAAUGCAAAAAAGAUUGUAUUUAAAUCCAAAAGUUCAAAGUGAUAAUUCUGUGGUAAUUCUUACUAUGAUGAUUAAGAUACUUUUAAAUAUUCGUUUUGACAAACGUUUCGACGUGACUCACGUCAUCUUCAGUGUUAGUUCAUUACAAGUGAGUUAAAGCCAGUACAUUUAGMAAAUAUAUUUAGCAAAUAUAUUCAGUACGAAAAUUCAUUGAUAUAGUUUUUGCACUCUUUAUAGUUUAUCCAUUUUUGGAUUGGUGAUUUUCAACUAAAUUUAGAAUCACGUGAUUGCUUUUGACCAAUGAGAGUGAAGAGUAAAGCAUUCUUGAGUCACAUAGUAUUAUAUAAGAAACACGUACGUUCGGGGAAAAUCACUCCUAAAAAUACUAUCAUUCCCAARAGAGUUAAGAGACUAAGUCUUUGGCGGCCAUGUUGGUGGUAUGAACAAAGAAGACUAUUAGACCCCUUGCAUGACGUGACGUCAAUGCAGCUCAAUUUGGAGAACACAAAAUAAUUUCAAUUAUUGAGCUGCAUUCUGAAGUGCUGCAAGGGGUCUAUUCACUGAAAAAAGCUAUAGGUAAAUACCAACAAUAUGACGUCGAUGACGUAACGUGCAAAAAAAAUUUGAUCCCAACAUUACGAUUGCGAUUCCGCUACACUGGCACAUAGGGGCAUGAUAUUCAGAAAAGCACUUACCUCUUCACCUACGGUAUAUUUAACCUAUUUCGAUAUGGAUAUGCCAUAUCGUUCAAUCCUUCAAAAUAGAUGCCGAACCCCUCCCCCCAUAAAAAAUGUUUAUACACAUUCAAUAAUGCAAUGUAUUUUUAUAGAAAUAAUCAAGUGAUAAUGCAUGGAACUUUUAAGUUUUUAAAAGCAUGAGUCUAUAAUCAAAUGAAAUUAUUGAAAGCAUGCCAAAACCACACCACGAUAUUUGUAUUGAUCAGCACAAUYGAGUGCGACGACAAAUGUUGUCAAUAAAAAUCAAAUUUUCCUGA